CGAUGCGUCAGCUGCAGAACGCAGACGAGAAAUCGGAGGGCUCCAACUCGGUGUUUACCUUUUAGUAUUUUGAGAGCCCGACCAUUUAAGUCCCUUCUUCCUUGACUUUUUCACUUAUUCUUUGUAUUGUAAUGAUAGUGCUUGGUUUCCAAAAUGAAUCUCGAACUGUUAGAGUCGUUUGGUCAAAACUAUCCUGAGGAAUUUGAUGGUACCUUGGACUGCAUUUCGCUGGCUGUAACAUGUCAAUUUAACAAGAGAGGCACCCUCCUUGCUGUCGGUUGUAAUGAUGGCAGGAUAGUUGUGUGGGACUUCCUGACACGUGGGAUUGCCAAAAUAAUAUGUGCCCAUGUACAUCCUGUUUGUUCUUUGAGUUGGUCUAGAAGUGGGCACAAACUGCUAAGUGCUUCUACUGACAACAAUGUCUGUAUUUGGGAUGUCUUAACAGGAGAAUGUGAACAAAAGUAUAGAUUCCCCUUACCAAUAUUGAAGGUUCAGUUCCAUCCUCGAAACGACCGUCAGUUUCUUGUGUGUCCUAUGCGUCAUGCUGCUGUAUUGGUGGAAGUUGAUGGAGAACAUAAAGUUGUUCCCUUAGACGAUGAGUCGGAUCUAAAUAUUGCUGCUGCAUUGGAUCGGAGGGGUCAGUAUCUUUAUGUUGGCAACUCAAAAGGUAGAAUGCAAGUCUUUCAACUCCCAGAGCUUACACUGAAAGCAUCAUUUAAAGUUACCCAAGCAACAACUAGUGCUACCGCAAUCAAAAGUAUUGAAUUUGCACGUCGAGGAGAUGUAUUUUUAGUUAACACUGCUGAUCGUGUCAUCAGAGUUUAUGAAACAAAGCAAGUACUUUCAUGUGGUAAGGAUGGAGAGCCAGAACCUCUUCAGAAACUUCAGGAUCUUGUGAACAAAAUGAUGUGGAAAAAAUGCUGUUUUUCUGGUGAUGGAGAGUACAUAUGUGGAGGAUCUGCUCGUCAACAUGCUUUGUAUAUUUGGGAAAAGAGUGUCGGAAACCUUGUCAAAAUUCUUCAUGGUACCAAAGGGGAAAUGUUGCUUGAUGUUGUGUGGCAUCCUGUCCGACCGAUUAUAGCUUCGAUUUCUAGUGGAGUGGUGUCUAUUUGGGCUCAGAAUCAAGUUGAAAAUUGGUCAGCAUUUGCACCUGACUUUAAGGAAUUAGAUGAGAAUGUGGAGUAUGAAGAAAGAGAAUCAGAGUUUGAUUUAAGUGAUGAAGACAAAUCAGUGGAAAUGGGACCCGAAAAGCAAGAGGAGGAUUUAGAGGUUGAUGUCACCACUGUAGACAGAGUUGCUGCCCUGUGUAGCUCAGAUGAGGAGACAGAAGACAUGGUUUCACUUCAGUUCCUCCCAAUUUCCCCUGAAGUAGAAGAUCCAGAGGAUGGAGCCGCAACUGGUGCUGUAGCUCCUGGUGGUGGUGCUGGAGGUGCUCAAGACAGUGAUAAGCAACGCAGCAAAGAGAAUGAUUCACCAAUCUCUGCAAAAAAAAGAAAAUACAAAACUUAUGAAAUAAAAUUGGAUGGUGCUUCCAAAGAUGAAAUACAUCCCCUUAUCAGUAAUAGAACAAAGGACAAACCUCCGGCAGGGGGAAAAAAGGGAAGUGGAAGACCUCGCAAUGAAGACCGUAAGCGUAUGGGUAAAUAAUAUGUUGAUGCCCAAGAGUGUUGUGCUCUCAUGCACUGAAGAAAAUGAACUUAUUUGUGAUUCAACCGGAUUUAAAAACAAAGAAAGUGAAUUCAGAUCCGAUGACUUUUCCUUUCAUGUUUGCUUAAAGAAGAGAAUAAAUUAUGGCUAUUUUAGU